GCUUGCUCUCUCGCUUGUAGGUUGUGGACGGCUCUCUACCGUCGUGAAUAAGCGCAUAAUCCAUCCCGGAGAAAUGUUGAAAGAUUUCACAAUCAGAAUUAGAGUCCGCGAUUUCAUUACGAUUCGAAGUAUUUUGACACACUUGUGUACAACGUGAGCAAAGACGUUCGGUCGAACUAACACGAUGGGAAGCAGAUAUUACGAAUCAUAUAGUCUAAAGUUGACUAGCUUGCACGAUUACUAUCAACGACUGCUUCAUGGAAGCCAACCGUUGCCUUCCGGUCUGGAUAUCGCAAACAUAUUGAAAUUUUUUUCCCAAACUUUACUGGCUUUAUUGAAAGAGGUGCGCGAGGAACCGUUCGAGAUGAUCAAGUCGCAGAAGUUCGACGGGGAACGAAUGGCUUUGUAUCCGAGUCUGGAUUACAGACAGCUUUACAACGCGCUGACGCAGUUGAUCGACGUUGUGCCGCUACUUCACCUCGGUCUGCAAGCGUUCGGGAAAGCUUUGCUGCAGUGUCUAGCGUGCCUGUUGCCGUUUCUCGAUCACGAUCUGAUCGACAAUCUGUCGUACUUGACUGCUAGCACGAUAUCGGUACUUCCCAUGGAACUGCACGAGGAAAUCGUCAAUUACCUCUGUUUUUACAUUUUACCGCUCACCAUCACGAGAAGAGUUGAGUCCGGAAACGAGAAUGCCGCCAGUCAAUCGAUAGCCGCUGUUAUAAUGAUGGUGUUUCAAUACUCCAAUAAUCCAGCGCAUCACUGUCAAUUGCUGGAAUGCUUGAUGGCAUUGAAACCGGGAGUGGUGAAGGACAUACUCUGCGUCGUCGCUUACGGCACCGCGCCUGCGAGAGCCUCGGCCGCGAAGUUGCUAUUUUAUUACUGGCCAUCGUUCAAUCCGAAUCUGUUCGAUCGCCGCGCGGUGUUGGUCAAAUUCGCCAGUGAGCGCCACAAAAAUUCGUCUCGUACAAUCUCUGUUGUGGUAAAAUUUUGUUCGUCUUUAAACGAUACACUGACUCUCUUCGUUGUUACGCCCGUUUCAGACGAUCUCACCCCUUUCGUGUGCCAACGGGACAAUUGUCCGAACGCCGGCAACGCCGAGGCCGCCAAGGUCUGCUACGAUCAUCGCAUCUCGAUCACGUUUGCCAACGAAUCCCCGCCGCCUCUCUAUCUCUGCAUCGAAUGCGCGAACGAGAUACACCGCGAGCAUCCGAAUCAGAUGUUCUACGACAUUCUGCACCCGAUGCAGCAGGUGUCCAUGGUUUGCGAGAACAAGAACUGCAGAGCGGCGGACAAGUCGGCCAUCAGCAUCUGCUUCUCGACGGAGUGCGCGAGUUACAACGGUAAUCAUCCUAUACGGUACUGCCAGCAGUGCCACAACAUCCGCCACAACAAUCGUCGAGGCGGCGAUCACGUCUAUCACCUGGCGCUGCCGCACAUCUCGCAGCUGGACCCGCAGACGCAGACCUACAUGGUCCAAGCGAUCGUCAGUUUGCUCAAGGAAGCCGAGCCGCUUAGCAUCGACAGCAAUCGGGACACGACGGAAAUGAGCGCGAGCACCACAAGCAAGGCUGGCACCGGUUUUUCCGGUAUAAGUGGCGGAAGCGCCGGUAUCGGCGGCUCGUUCGGCCACUGCGACCCCACGAGUCUCGAGGAGCGACAGCUGCUCGGCAGAUACGGGGUGUGGCUGCUCGUGGGACUUUGUACCCCUAACGAGGAUACCCCGGUUGAAAUACUGGGCCGUUUGUUAUCAAUGUUAUUUCAUUGGUUUCAUGUCACUGCCUACUGUUUCGAUGGUAUUGAAAAAAGACUUAUACACCUUAUCUUUUCUGUUGGCCAGGCGGAGAGCGCGCUCGAGAAGCUGAAGACGGAACACGUUUGCGGCUGGUUGUCGCAGGUGAUGAAAACGCAUUACGAGGUCUUCAUUUCCUGCCUUCUGCCGCAUCCCGCUGACUACGUCAGAGUCGGCGGUCACUGGGAAACUCUGGCCUCGCGAACGUCGCACUUGAAAGACGGUCUGCACCGAUUGUUUUGUCUCGUGCCGUACGAAGUGAUCACGCCCGAUGUGUGGGAUUACGUGAUGCCGCACUGGAUGGAGGCGGUGGUGAACGACGUGCCCGAACACGAGCUCCACGAGUUGAAGAUAAUAUUGAGCAAGAUCUUGGACCGGGACAUGAACUCUCUGGGAUUCGACGUGAAGAAAAUGUACAACUUCGUGGCGAAACGAUUCGUCAAUACGAGCGCGAAGGUGCAGGAACAGGCGCUCCACUGGCUGCAAACGCUCACCCUGCUCGAGAUAACGAUACCGCUUGAACAACUGUUCGCGAUAUUCAGCGACGGUGUCACGGUGAUGCAGUCGAUGACCAGCGCGGAAUCGGAACUUAAACCGAGCAAACCCACGAAGGAGAACGAUGAGAACACAUGUUCCAUAGUGGAGAACGACUCGGGAAAGUCGACGCCGCUUUCCGACGACGUGGUGCCGACACCGAGACACAUGGAAUUCAUGACGAACGCGGAACUCAAUCUAUCCUGCUGCAUUCUCAUGCUUGACAUACUCUUGAAACAGAUGGAACUCCAGAACGUGGACAAGCACACCGGAAUUAAUACGGCGGUGUGCCGGGACGCUUGUCACCUGAUGAAAUCCAUAGUCGCGUCAAAUUGGAACAACGGCCACAUGUGCGCGUCCGACGCCGAGUGCACUUACUGCGAGUCCAGAGUGAUUUGGCACCAACUGUGCCUGCAACUGAUCACUUACAUGGCACCGGAAAAUCCGGCGUAUCCGCCCGAUAUGAUUGUCGACGAGAGCGCGGAUGAUCAGAAUCGCAAAAAUUCACCGGAGAAGAAGGGCGAUUCGAAACCGGAUGUCGUUCUCAACAUGCCGGUGCCGGAAAUGCACUCCGUAGGCGGAGUCUUAGUUCACAUGCCGCACUUCUUUGAACAGAUUAUGACAGCCACAGUAGAGACAGUUUCGGAACAGCUGGACCUAGCGGCCAUCAUGCCGACGGAGAAGGUCAUGUCCGCCGUCGUCAGAACUGUCACGCUCUCGGAAACUGACUUGGCCAGCGCAACGGCGAGCGUGGCGAAGACGCAACUGAUAGCCGAGAACGACGAGCCCACGAGUCCAAGCGCGGAAAACGACCUGGACGAUUUCUGGCACACGUCCGUGGGGAAGUUUCGUUUCACGAUCGAGGAAUUACCGGAGCAACUUCAAUACAUUCACAAGCUACUGAAAGAGAUAAUGACAAUCGACAAACCCGACAUACUGUACUACAUGCUGCAGUGCCUGAACGUGAUGUGUUUGUACGGCGACGCGUUUAACGUAGCGGUGAAGGAUCAUCAGGGAUUCUUCAUAUGGUGCCAGGAGAACUUGCUGAUAAAAAACUUGUGGGAACUUCUCAACGCGGAGCACUCGCACAUAGCGCAAGUGACCGUUCCGUUGUUACUACAUUGUGUGACGUUACCUUGCGGCAUGGACACUUUUUGGCGGCUCGUGCAAGAGGAAUUUCACAAUUCUGACUGGCGCGUUAGAUUCGUCGCGGUCGAACGCGUUACAUUAAUCGCCAGGUUUAUGGACUCGACACCGCUGCGGAACAUGUCGAAUCUUCAGGCCGCGUUAGCAAACGCGUUCUGCUAUUUGAUCACGAGCAUGGACGACAGCAACGUGUACGUCGCGCAGCGUGCAACUUUGUAUCUCGGUACUAUUCACGAUACAGCAAUCAGGUCGUUAAUUCUAUGUCUGGAGACACAAUUCGAUUCCGUAAUUGUAGACCGGCCGAUGGUAUUGCAAUCGCUCUACCAACUGCACAACAGUCUUAGCGACCGACGUAUUUUGACUUGGGAAUUUUUCUUGAAUCGCUUCGACACUUUGUAUCUCGAGGCUCAGAUCAACUUGGAGAAGUCGGGCGAGGGAAUGUACUUGCGGGAUCUAAAGAACACCGAUAUGAACAGCGAGGUGUUUCUGAAGAAGCUGCAUCGCGCGCACGAAGCUUUGUCUCAGUCCGACGGUAGCGGGACGAGCUCCGUGAAGACGUUGAGCGCGAGCUUCGGCACCAAGUGGCCCUACAAGCGCACAAUGUCCGCGCCCGCGUCGAUGGUACCGCGACAGGACACCAAGCAAGAAAAGGAAAAGGUGUACAGCCGACAGUACUCCGCGCCGAUCCUGAAACGGAAGAGCUCGAGAUUCGGACUGGGUCAGUUGCUGGGGUUCACCCCCCCGCCUAAUAACAGUAUCCCAGAUGGCCAUUUGCAUUCGCUUAACAUGGUCGACGAAUCCAGCACGUUACCGGGAAACGCUACGAAAAUUGUGGAUCUCGAAGAAGCGGACAAGGAAACGAUGCACUUGCUCGUGUUUCUGUUGAUGCAAUUUCUCUCGCGACAGGAUCAGGCCUAUCCGACGGACGAGAAGCCAUUGUUGAAGACACAGAGCAUAGUUCUGCGACAUUUGUAUCUUCUUCUGGGAUACAAUCAAAACGAGCGUAUCUUCCACAUUUCUCCGCAACGUUUAAGACUUUCAGCGGUGUUCAAUGUCUUCAUUGCCAAUCUGCCGCAACUGCUGGACCAGAAUCACGUGAUAGGUUGGACGAUGACGCCGCCGGUUCUCGCGAUACUUCAACAUUGUCCUUGUCCCCCGCAAUCUACUCCUCCCACUGAUCAUCAACCACCGAACUACAGUCUUUGGUACUUGGAGCCACAUAUCAGACGGUCCUGGUUGAUGUCUCUGCUCGUAAUUUUGUACAAGUGUCAGUACGGGCAGCAGCCCUGGUGCAAUCAGCUUCAGUCGUUGGUGAAGAUAGUUCUGAACACGCUCGACACGCAGCAUCAUCAGUGCAAGAGAAUCCCGGCGACUGUGGUCAUGGACGCUCCGCCGUCCAGAUCUCGCGACGUGUCGCAACCCUCGCUCGGGGUGGAACACGACGGAUUGACGACGAACGCGGGAGAAUUGGAGACGGAGACCCCGCCGAUGCGCACGUCGAUGCACCAACGCAGCCCCGGGGCGAUACACGGACAGAUGGAGACGCACUGGGAGGAGAACAACGGUCCCGCGAGCCGUUAUUUCAACAAGCACUUCACCAGCCAUUCGAUCAAUGCGGACGAUACGGAGUCUGAGCUGGCCGCGAUACCUGAGAGCCCAAAAUCUGACAGCACCUUGCAUGGUAGCAGCGGAGGAUCUCUCGGCGAGCUAGAGGACACAGUUUUCAAACACACGCUGCACGAGCCGCGUAUGUCGAUCACGGACGGGACCACGGGCGCGACCGAGCCGAACAAUCGGAACGCCGUCGUCAGCAGAGCGCGAGCUGGAUCCGUCACGAAGCCUAUGUGGUUCAUAGGAAACGAGGACGAAGCUUAUCAGGGAAACAAAUCCGGUCCGUCGAAGAAAUGGGGCGUUUACGAGGGAAUGAAGAUGAUGGUAACGGGCACGUUUAUGACCGGACAAGAACCACCGAAGCCUCAGUCAAAAAUAUCCGCGCCAACGGCGAAAAACGGCAAGAGACAAUUGCCGUACAACGGGGACAACGUUACGAAGUCGUUCGAUUUGUCCGGCGCGUUUGCCGUCGCCACGAGUAUUUCUCACAUUCAAAGGCCCGAAUAUCCGAAGGAAAAGGGAAAGGAGAAGGAGAAGGAAAAGGAGAAGAAAAAAGAGAAGGAAACGGAAAGGGAGAAAGAAAAAGAGAAGGAAAUUGAGAAGGAGAAGGAAAAAGCGUUUGCGAAGACCGCGGACACCGUCAACAACAACGAAUCGACUAACGCGAAGCACUUGGGCAGACAGAAAUACGUGGAGCAAAUCACGAUUACGGCGACGUCGCCGGUUUCGCCGUGCCAAGUGAUCUCGGUGACGAACAGCGAUCACUCGAGUUCGCCGGCGUUGAGUUCUUCCAUAUCGUCGCAGAUUAUCAGCACAGAAAACGGACAACAAAGUGCCAUACCGCAGCCUUUGAUGACCACCCCGACGGUCGAACGAUUGCUACCUAUUGGUACAAUGAUUCGCGCAACUGGAUCGCGAGCCGCGCAACGCGUAUUGAGAUGCGAGGACGCGUACGGAUCUCCGGAAUCACCGUUAUCCAAAAUGGACGUUUUGACAGUCAGCUCCUCGUUCGAGCAAGACAGCGAGACUUGCAUGUCCAGCGACAUCACGAGUCCGCACAGCAUCUCCCAAUUGGAAUUUCCGACACCCGAACGACUGCUGCCGGUUGGUCCUCAGAGAGAUUUUUCCAGCCUGGUCGACCGAGUGUGUCAGGCUCUCGAUAUUACGGACGUUGAAGCCAUAAGUAAAUCGAGUGACAAUGUAAAACCCGACACUCACGAGACGGUGCUGACGAAACAAGACAGCGGAGCGUCGGACAAUAUGUCGGCGUCGCUCGUGCCGACGUGCAACGAGGUCAACUCGAGCAGAUCGCCGAGUCCGCGAAGAUUAAUCAAACAAGUGGCACUGGAAUCGUCUCCGCCGGCGGUCGAGACCGGGGACUUCGCGUCGAAGGUGACGGAUUACGAGCAGAAGAUAAAAUCGCGGGAACAGUUUCGCAUUCAGCGGGACAGGGGACGAAAGACCCUCACCGCGACGACGGAUCAGAACGCGAUCACCCACGCGAGACGUACGGAGUCCUGGUCCGGUGCGCAGGUUGAACAAAAUUCAGCCUACGUCUCACAACAAGCAUGUCACGCAGAUUUCAAUUUAAAACACAGUUUAUUUCGCAUCGGCAACGAUUGCGUUUAUGAUAGGUGCUCGGAAUGCGGAACGAUCAAGGAGGAAUAUUCCGACGAGGAGCUCGGAUUGUGCAUAAUUACUCUGGGAACGUUUAUUCAUCGAGAACCGUCUCUGGCGGCGCCGUUGCUGCCCGAAAUACUCAGCAUCGUCACCAAGGUGGCGCUUAAUGCAAUGUAUCCUUGGCAAAGUGAAACGAAUAUACAUUUGCCGGGGGGUGCGAUCAGCGUGGCUCAUCAGUUUCUCAGAUGCGUUCUUCAUCAAUUAGCGCCUAAUGGAAUCUUCACGCAAAUGUUUCAGACUCAUCUGAACGAAUCGACAAGAUUGCAGUUCUUCAAAAGCGUGGCGCAAGCAUUGGUCGAUUUCAACGAGUUGAAUCCCAUCGCGCCCUUGCAACUGCUGCUCGAGACAUUAAACAUGAAGAAAUCGUUGCCGCUGGAACGGUUGCCGAUAAUAUUGUACAAUAUCGCGUGCUAUUUGGACUGUUUGCCGUUGGAAGCGGGACUGGGACCCGGUUCGGUUACGUGGAGCGCGCUGCUAACGCAAUUCGACGGUCUGUUUCGAAGACUCGUCCUGAUUCUUCCCUCAAUCGAAGACAUCAAUCCUCUUCUGCGAAUUAUGGUGUCCCUGUUGAAGGUGCCAGGGAUUCAGCAAGCGAAGGGAAUGCUGGAUCCGUUUUCCAAAAUCCUGAGCUACGCCAUACAAAACUCGACGCUGCAGUACCAUUAUCUGACGGAUCUGUGCUACCUGUGUCACAGGGGAUUUAUUCGCGAUCGCGACAAACACUUUUUCGGGAGAACGAUCGUGUUCGAAUUGAUACAGGCCAUCAAGUUCAAAACGACGAUACCGGAUUCGAAUUUUCUGCUGCUUCUUCAAUUCGUAUUACAAGACAUCGGGGGAUCUCUGCCGAACACUCUCAUCGCGAUGGAUGGCAACAUUCAAACGGACGUGUCGCCGAUUUACAACACGAACGCUUCCGAAUCGCUUAAGAAUCAAUUGUCGGACGUUCUCGACUUUUUAGGCGACUUUCACACCCUGAGCAAGAUCAAGAGUUACAGCAAAGGUAUGCAAGCGGGUUUGAACGAGGACACGAUAGGCGGAACGUUGAAAUGCGGUCUUGCUCAAUACGUGGCUUUGGAGAUCACGAGGGGUAACAAUCGGGAGAAUCGAGCGGUCGCUCGUUAUUUGCCGUGGUUGUACAUAGCGCCGACUAUACAGCAAGGCUUUUUGUCAACGGUUUCCAGUGCUCGCGAAUACGUCGACUGCAUCGGCCACAUCAGGCUGUUGUCCUGGCUGUUGCUCGGCUCGCUCACUCACAUAGCGAUGUACGCCGGCAACAACAACAACAAUCACGCGCACUCGACGAUACAGCUUGCGCAACCGAUACCCCAGGAGGUGUCCUGCCACAUAGCCGAUCACAUACAGAUCAUCUUCUCGGGAUUUCCGGAACAAUCCAAGACCUCGGUUCUGCACAUGUCGUCGCUGUUCUACGCGUUCAUCCUCUGUCAACUCUGGACAAUGUAUCUGGAGGAACUGUCGAAGAACAACGCAACCAACAGUGAAAGUCACAACGUCACCUUGAACAUCUUGUUAGAAUUUUGGAGCAAGAUAACGCCGUGCAUCUUGCAACUCGUUUCCUAUUCGAAAGCCCUGUCCGAAAUGCUCAACUUGCAUUUCCUGAGUUUAUUGGAGGCCUUGCUGGAAUGCGGAUCAAUCGUAUUGAACAAAUUAUUGCCUUUGUGGAACGCCAUUUUGUUUUCCCAUCACGUUCAGCUACCGGGACACUUACAAGUGCGCUUGCAAAAUUGUCGGGAUUUUCCACCGAGCAGAAUGGCGGAGAAUUUUGUUUCCAAUCGAAGAGAAUCGAACGCGAUACUUUUGCGAUGGUUGCAUCGAUUGCAGUUCAAAAUGGGCCAGAUAGAAAUGCAAUCUUCUAACGCCACGCAAUUCUAUUCCAUAUAAAAGAGGAAGGAGAGGAAUUUAAAAAAAAAAAAAAAAUUACACGAGCUUGAUAAUAAAUUAUACAUGACUUCCUAAUUGGCCCCAAAGCGGUGCGAAGACCAGAUCAAAUAAAAUAGUUUGUUACGCGUGAGAAAAAUAUUGAAAUAUAUAUAUAUAUAUAUAUAUAUGUAUAUAUAUAUACAUAUAGUUCGUUGUAAACUAUUACCGUUGUAAAAAUAAGUUGUUAUAUUUAGAGAUAUUGUUGAUCUAUAUAUAUUAUUUUUAAAGUAAAAGAAACAAAAAUAAAUACAAGCAAGAGUGUUGUGUAAUGAAGAAUUAGAAUUUUUUAGAUCGAGACCGAAACACGCAGGCAAAAUGAAAUCAACGGCCGGGCCGUUAAAUAAAUAUAUAUAUAUAUAUAUGUAUAGGAUGCAUGAGCAUGUGUGUUAUUAAAUUAGGAGCAAUUACUUAUGUAUAUACAUAUAUACGUAAUGUAAGAUAAACGUAAAGGUAAUUAUAUUGUAAGAAAAAA